AUGGAGACCAUCAGAAACUAUAUCAAGACCAUCGGGAAAAGCUUUUUCAAUAAUCUCUUCGAGAGAUCGAUCAGGGUGUACAUACAGAAGCAUCUUGGCGAGUUUUUACUGGGGAAAUUAACCACAGACCAGGUGGAUUUGGGCCUUGAUGGUGGAUCCUUAGCAAGCCUCCAUUUGAACGCUGAGACAAUAAAUGAGAGGCUUGAAGGGGUCAAUGUCCCGUUCACACUUGUUGAUGGGUACAUUGACACCCUGCACCUACAGAUCCCAUGGUCGGAAAUCUCCACUGAAUCCAUUGUUGUCAUUGUCGAUGGACUCUACCUCACCAUCCGACUCAAUGAAACUGAAGUUGAUGAAGGCCUUGAUGUCAGGUCUGUCUUUGAAAGCAUGACUGCCUCCAUGGUUGAAGAGGUGAUGAAGUCUGAUGUUGCUGCUGCAGACAUUCACAAAAUCUCAGAAGCUGGCAAGGGAGCAUCUCCAUUUGAGAGUGUGGAAUUGAUGUCUGAAUUUAUCUCCUCAAUUACAUCUCGUAUUCAAGUGAAAAUGAAAGACAUCGUUAUCAAGACAGAGAAGUCUCCAGGAGUGUGUGUAGAACUUCUGAUUCAUCGGCUGGACUAUUACGACAAAGACAGCUCAACCUCCAAGGAAAAGAAGCCAAAUUUGCCAGUCACUCCUCCUGGUUUCUCUACCAAGAUCUUGGAAAUUACCAAAGUGACUCUCAAUCUGGAGGAAGUCUGGAGUAGAGAGAACUCUCCCAAACAGUUGGACCCCAUAGAACAGUCAACUAUGGCAUUUGAUAUUGCCAUGAGCUCACCACCCUCUUCUAGAAACUUCAUGCAGAGUUCCAUCUACCCAGGGAUGUCUUUGGCAGAUUCAGAGGAGGUGGAGCAGUCUGAGUCUGGGGGUCAGAUUCCCAUCAUAUCGCUGGACAAGACUCAAACUGUUACCAUCCAGAUCAAGAAUGAUGACCAGUUGCCUGGACCUGCUAUGAAUGUCUCCUGGAAUAUGGAAAGCUUCCAUUUGUUUAUUUCUCCUAAACUCCUGUCCAUGGCAACUAAACUCCUUGCUGCGGAUAAUACUAAAAGGUCAAAGAAGGUUCCAGAACAGAUUCCAAUGACCAAUGAAGACUUUGAGUUCUGCCGGCGAGGAAUGGAAGAAGGGAUGAAGCUACGAGACAGCGGUGGCCUUGACGAGAUCGAUGUCCCUCCGUUGAGUAUGGACAAGCAUAUGGAGAUGAUGCAUGGAGGUUCAGCGGAUUUUAUUCUCUCAGAGGAGGACAUGUUUUUCUCAGCGUACCCAGCAGCUUACAAGAGUUCUCACUCAGUGUUCGACAUCAGCGACAGUGCAUCAGUCAGUACCUUUGAUGGUGGCUCCGGCUUCAGUGCCACAACUGCGAGUGCUUUCUCGCAUGCAAGGAAAUCUAGAUAUUCGGGUGAAAGAUCAAUGAGCAGAGGCUGGGAUGCCCACACGGUGGAAACACAGAAAAUCGAUGUCACCAUCCCCUUCUUCACGAUCACUGUCUUGUUGGAAGAUCCCGAACCAUGUACAGUCAUUGCUGGCUCUGCUUGCACACUUGCUGCCAAAUCUGCCAACUCUUUAUCAGGUUCCUCUGUUGCCAAAGCGACUAGUUCGUUGUCUUGCUCUCCAUCUUCCUCUUUUCCUCCGAAAUCUUUCUCCAAGAAUUGCCAGUAUUCCGGUCCAUCAAGUUUACCAGCGUCUUUCACGGGAAUCACAUCACAGUUUCAGCAUAUGGCAGGUCAUGCAGAUAACUCUUCUUUUGGAGCUAGCCAAGCUCCUGCAUCUUUCAGAACACCAAUUGGAGAAGACGAUGAAGAUGAAGAAGAUGAUGAAUAUCACGACAGUGGUGAUUAUUUUGAUAAUUCUCUUGGCGGCCAGUGGUCACACGGCACAAAAUCCAACCAGAGCUAUACGACACAGUCUGCAAGGCCAUUAGGUUCACCUGCCAGCUUGGACAUGAGCGGCAAUAAAUUACAAGAAGUGGCUGUCAGAUAUUUCGAGGCCAUGGCCAAACUGGAGAAUAUUCAUGCCCCGUUGCAACAACAGAGAGAUAAAGUGGCAGCUCUUCUCCCGCUUGAUCAUCUCGGCCUCAUCGGAAAACCAGUUCAUGUGGAAAUCAGUCAGGAGAAAAAGGCGGCAGAAACAAUACACAAAGUCAAGGUCACACUGGGAAAGCUGGAGGUUGUCGAAUGUUUGUUUGACCGAUUCACGGGCACCAGUAACUUUUCCAAAACGGCACUACCAAAAUUACCCCAGUACUCAGAG